UUGCAGGGUUGUUCUGCCCCGUUGGUGGUAAAGUUUGCUGAUACUCAACGCGAGAAGGAAGUAAAGAAACUUCCUGCUGCUGCUGGAAGCAUAACGUCGGCUGCUUCCGGCUUGGCCUCAUUGGGCAGUCAAGCGGCUUUAUUGCAGCAGCUGGCUGGUGGCGGAGUGAAUCUACAGGCUUUGAGCGCUUUGGCUGCAUUGUUCAAUCCUGGUGUGCAGGCGCAACAACAUAACCUGCUCGGUGUUCUUGGAGGAGUGCUUUCGGCGUUGGGUAAGCUCACGGAAGGGGGUUCCGGGGCAGUGAACACUGGCGUUGCUACUAGCGGCAGUAUGUCUGCUCUAGUGCAGAACGGGCAGAGCGCUGCGAGCAAGGCUCAGCUAGCCGCUCUACUUCAUCAAAACCCAAUCCAAACUCAAAACCUUGAGACCAUUGCCCAACUUCAACAGGCUCAACUCCAGCAUGCUCAAUUAGCUCAGGCUCAGGCUCAAGCUCAAGCACAGCAUCAACAGCUUUUUGCAAUGCAAGUUCAGGCUCAACAAGCUCAGCCCGCAGGUGAGCAUUUUCCGUGUUGUAUCAAAUUUAGGUUAAGUAAGUGA